AUGGUUAUGAUCUACGAUGUUGAUAAAACAAUCAGCCCUCAGGAGAUAGCAUUCAAUAUGUUAUCACAAAACACGGGCUUGGGAAAUAUGUUAGGCGUAGCUGCCAGAAAUAUCAUGAGACGAUUAUUUAAAAGAGGGCCAAGAGAUAAGGAUACAGUAUGGUGGGAAUGCGAGGUCAGGCCUGACAUACAUGCCAAAAUGCUAACCGCAGGAAGAGUGUACAUAGGCAUGUCAAAUUGCAGGACUUCGGAAUAUUUCGAUUUCCAGCAAUGUUUCACUUGUCUAAAGUACGGUCACUCGGAAAAAUUCUGCAAGGAAACAACGAUGACCUGCACGCACUGCGGAUCCAAGGGACACAGAGACACAAUAAAAAAGAAGACCCUCCUGUUUGUGGUAACUCUAAAGAUAAUCAUGUUGCUCACUCCAAGUUCUUCAGAGGAAGGAGGAAAGCAAUUGACAAUGUCGUAA